CCGGCUCGUUCGGUCGUGUUUACCUCAGCUCUUACUCCGUCUACAACAGGCCAGGUGCGCGUUACACCAUCUCUUUCUCCCCCCUCCCCAUUAACCACCUUAUUUUCACCACUCCGGGGCAAUUCUCGAGACAAACGUUGUUUUCAUCAUUCCCAACAGGUCAUUCUAACCGCGCCUAAAAGUAAACACUCCAAUCUUAUUAUUAACCUGCAAAAAGUGAGUUCCCCUCGUCAUGGUGUGACGCCUAAGCCCCGCCGCCCCAUUAAGUGCGAACAUUUUUUGUUAACUGAGUGAAAAUACAAGACGGAAAAUAAGUUGACGAAGUAAAAGAACGGAAGUUGGAUUUCCUGCAUUCAGCCCUUGGAUAUUAAAACCUCCACUCGCCUGCUGUUGGAGAGGACGGAUUCUGUACGAAGAGGCAGAGUGUAGGAUGGGCUCUUCAGUGCGAGGAAUCACCCUACAGUGAAGAGGAGGUUCUUCGAGUGGUGGCGAGGAGAGUACGAGGAUGCCAUCCUCGCAGGCUGCCGCGACUGAGCGGCGAAACGAUCGAAUGAUGGCCCACGAACCACCAAAGCUGAAGACAACACUGAAAACCCCCCCAAAACAAGCAACGAAUCCUCUCCAAUUCGUUAAAGUCGGUCCAUGCUCCCUGUACCGAACAGCCCAGGAGCAGUUACAAAAGGUCCAAGAAGUAAAGAAAGUAAAACAAGAGGUGCGCGAUGACCCGGAAGACUGGCAAUCGAACUUGGACAAUUGGAAGAGUAGCAGGAGGAAGCGCCAAGAGCACAUAAUCGAGCGAGUUGUUGAGGUCAAGAAGCUUGAGCUCGAGGAACACGACAGACAGAGAAGACGAAGUAAAACAUUCUCCGAGAUGAUGGAGGAGCGCGGCAGUAGAGGACGAAAGCUCAGCAUGAGUCUCGCAAUGUACCACGAGGAGGAUUCAAAUGACUUGAGUGAUCUUGGUAUUGGUACAAGCAGUGGAAAGAGCUCUGUCAGCGGUGAUACCCACGACGACACACAGAGUGUUCUUAGCGAUCGAGACAGUGAGAUCGAUAAGAAUCACUCCGAUUUGGAUAAUGUUACCAAUGAAAAUGGUAAUGGUGGUACAGACAAUAACAAUGUUAGAGCCAUUACAAACACUGGCAGUGUCACUGAUGCACCGAGAAAGAAAACAUUUGGCAAUGGAUUCAUCGCUGAUGAUCACAGAGAGUACGACUCUGGUACAACAGCUACUGUCAGCUCACCAGAGCCCGAGGAGUACACGUACGAGGGUGCUAUACGGGGCUAUGUGUCCAGAGUUGCCCAGAAUAUACCGCGAAGAUCUCUGAUCGAUCUGGAAGUCAAGUUGGACAGUGUCAAGACGAGUCUCUACGAGGGUAAAGGCUCCACAGAUGAAGCCAACUUCCCAGUGGUGAAGGUUGACAUAUUGAAGCGAAGAGAAAUCUUUGAGAAGGCCUCGCAAAUCAACAAUGACAAUAAAAUCAACAAUAACCGAUCAUCCGGCGACUUCUCCAGCACCAAAUCGAUCAAGGAGAGACUCUCCAAUCUCGAUAAACAGAUGCACGAGGCGGAGCAAGUAGAUAAGAAUACAAAGUCCUUGAACAGGCUGUCGGGUGACAUGAGUUCAAUUCGUGAGCGUCUUUCUCACUUGGAGAAACAGGCGACUGAACGUGAGAGUAAAAUAUCUCGAAAGCCGAGUAUCGAUGAGUUGGAGCCGGUGAGGCCUCUUAGAGAGAGGCUUUCUACACUUGAGAAGUAUGCAAGCAGUGACGAGUCAUGCUCACCGAGGGCUACGAGUGUCAGGCAAAAUGGGAGGAGCAAGGAGGGUGAGAAGAAACCGGUGGACAAGCAGAUUCUACGGUUUAAUAAUGAUAAUUCAACGCCGAGUGAACGGAGCUCAUCGCCGGAUUCUGAGUAUAGGGCACCUCGUGCUGCUUUUCACAGGAGUCUUGAUUCACUGGAUGCCGAUGCCUCCAGUGGGCCAGACACCUUUGAGAGGGUGCAGAGUCUUGAGGAAUUGGAUUACACUCAGAGAUAUCCGGCUUCUGCUUCAUCUGCGGAAUUGCUGAAUGAUACGGAUAGAGAGGACUCGGGGAUUCACACGGCUGAUGUCUCCUGUUCGGUUAGUCAGGCUGAUGAACCUGUCGAUGAGGAGAUUGUGCAGCAACAACAGGUGGGGGUUGUUGAGGUGCAGAAGGGGCCGUCGAGUGUUGAUAAGGCGGAUCGCGGGGAGGAGGCGACUGAGGCUGCUGGCGGUGAGAAGGAAGAGGAGGUUUUGGAGGAGAAAGGGUUUCAGGAGGUCGGCAGCCAACAUUCGGCGGUGAUAACUGAGGGUACCGCUGCAGCUGGAACACUGCCGAUUAACAAAAAACGAUUUUUCCCGGACUCUUCAGUCCCAACGACAAGCAUCUGUACAAGUAGUAAAUUAUCAUCUGGUCGAACGAUUGUUUACCAAAGUCCCCGAAUUCCCCCGCGUAGAAGUCCGCCAGAGAUAAAACUCGAUCUAUCGAGCUUAAAUGCUUCUGAGGAAAUAGCUUCACCUCUCGGUGAUGCUGACACAGAGUCAAAAAGUACAUCUAGUCCUCAAAAAAUUCAGGAGAUCAAAGAUCUAGCUUCCCCCGUUAAUAAACCAUCGAAAAUUCCCACCCCACUUCCACGCAAAUCAGUCAGUGUGAAAAUCAACUCAGGGACAUCAUCACCAAGCACACCUCCAUCAUCGCCAGCUAAAGUUAUUCCCCAGCCAAAAUUGUGCUUCAAAUCAUCAAAAAUUCCGUCGCCUUUGAAAUGCCAACAGGACGAGUGCAAUCAGCCUGAUGCGAAUCAAGACAAGAAUGUCGAACGAAGACGUACGGUUGUAGAAAUAUGCGAAAAAAUUGUUGUGCCUCAGGGUGAAACACCCCCACUACCAGUCACCCCCUUCAUCAUGGUCAACGAGGAAUCGAUCGUUAUCGGUAGUAGCAGCGUAGACGAGGAAAUCGUAGUGCCGCGAGCCGAGUCAACAACGCCAGUCGAGCACGAAGAGGAGGUGGUUUGUACGAGCGAGUCCAUGGUAGAGGUAUCUGUCGAGUCCCCUGUCACUACCAGAACAAACGUCGAACAGGAGACAGAGAUCCAGAUUGAGUCUGAUACCGAGCAAGUUGUAAUGUCAAUAGUCUCAUUGUCGUGUGACACUGAAACCGAUCACUUGGCAUUUGAGGAAGUCACUGUUGCACCGGCAAACACCAUGGAAUUCAUCGGAACAUUGUCACCCACCAGCAAACAGAUUCCACAGUUGAAUCUUGAGAAUGACGAGGAAAUUGUUGCUGGUCUGACUUUCCCCCUUGGGCCACCGAGCAGCGGUGAACCGCCGAAGGAGAAACCGCCUCCACCUCCGACAGAUUUCAGUGAUGAGGAAAAUCAACCGAUUGAGCCACUCAAGAGGUUGAAUUCCACGAGGAGAAUUAAGAAGGAAUUGAGGACGAGGCGCUCCGAUUUCUUGGGGAUUGAAGGGAUCAACGACGACGACUUGGAGUUGAGCCUAGCCCGGCCCCCAGACAUGGCAGCGAUUCUCGCGGAGGAGAGGCGCAUAGAACAGCUGCAUCGUCGCUCAUACGACACUGACAGCAACUACGAACAAGACUCGAGCCACGAGAGGGACUCGGGGGUUGAGCUUGGUCACGCUGAUGACUGGGUAAAACAACCAGUCAGCCCCGACAUGUCCCAGCACAGUCGUCAGAGUAGCGAGCCCUUCGGUGCCAGUGUCACAUCAUCCGAAGAGGACGAAAUCACCAAGAAAGAGCGUGAGAUUAUCGAAGUCCUCGAGAAGGAGGAACAGUGGCGUUACGGCAGUGACCGCGAACAAAACAGCGACAUCGGUGAGAAGCUCGCUGACAAGCUUCGUGAACUGGAGGAGGAGAAGAUGCAGUUGGAGCGUGAGCGCCAAGAGGAGACAUUGCGUAAGAAUGAUGAGAAUGCACGCAAACAGGAGGAAGAGAAAAUCCGUAAACAGCAGCAACAGCAGCAGGAAGCAGACGAGAAAACCCACCGUGAGGAGGAGUUGAGAAUAAAAACGGAGCAGUUGCGACUGCACGAGGAAAUGCUGGAGAACGAGAGAAGAACAGCGGCGGAAGUGCGUAGACAGGAAGAAAUGCGACUGAGAUCCACGGAGGAUCAAAUUCGAGACCAGGAAAAAACAGUGCUGACAGCAGUGCAGUACACCCAUGACGAUGAAUAUCCAUCCGGGGAGGUACUAAGAGUGGAGAGGGAACUGCUGCAGCUCGAGCAGGAGGAGUUGAAACGUCAGAGAAGCAACAUGGCGUAUCGCGAGCAGAAGCAGCAGCAAUUGGCUGAGCAACUGCAGGAGCAGUGGCAGUCCCUGCAGGACGUCAACCAUGGAAGUGCAACGAAUCCCCACCCGACGUAUCAAAACAUCAAUGCCCUGAAUUAUCGCUCGUCAAUGCCAAAUCUCCAGCUUCAGGAGGGCCUGAAACGGCGACCACCACCACCUCCAAUACCCCCGGCUAAACCCCUUCGGGUGUUGGAUCAGCGACAGCGCGAUGCAACCAUAAGAAAUAGUCGGAUUCCAUCGGCAGAUUCAAUUCCCCAGCAGAUUGAUGCAUCACUGAGGCACAGUGUCUCGACAACAGCACUUGCACCACAGGCAGGCCAGCAGAUGACUAAGCAGACCCUCCAGGCACUGAGUGCUGUACCACGGACUAGAAUUGUUAAGAAUGACCAGUGGGUGCAGAGGAGAAAGAGCGAUGGGCCCAGGAUUACUCAGGAUUUUAAUUAUCAACACUGGCUCAUUCAGGAGGCUGAGCAGAGGAGAAUAAAUGAGAAGAAUCAACGCUCACCGGCGAGAAAACCUCAUGUUACUGGGACAUCUGUUUUGUAUACUGCGACAUCAGCAAAAUCAGAUGGUAAACCGUUGCCGGAUUCUAUUAUUCAGACGAUCACGCAGAGGAUACAGAAUAGGGCGCAGGAAAGACCACCACCUAUUCGACGCAGACUGGAGCACAGUGUCAGCCAGGAACAGCUGUCAAUACCCCACCACCAGUCCCAUCAGCACCUCGCCAUGAUGCAUCAAAAGGUGCAUCAAUCACCGGGUCCCUCGAGUGUCGAGUCACAGGAGAAAAUGCUCAGUGUCAGUGGAAAGAAGAAAUGCUCUCACUGUGGCGAUGAAUUAGGACGAGGGGCAGCCAUGAUUAUAGAGAGCCUCCGGCUAUUUUACCAUAUGGAGUGUUUCAAGUGUUGUGUGUGUCAUGUACGUCUUGGUGACGGACUCAUGGGAACAGACGUUCGUGUGCGGAAUCACAAGCUUCACUGCCAUAAUUGCUACUCUAGCGAUGACGGUGUCAAGUUCAGCUGUGUCUAAAUUGUCCCAGUUUUGUGGAUCCAUGCCGAUUAAUACAUAUUAUGCGGUUCAACUAUUUUUUUAAGUUUGAUUGAACAAUUGGCACUGUUUCAUCGCCAUUCAAUUUUUAAUGUAAAUAUAUGUAUAAGAAUAGCCUCGAGCCAUCCACGAGAAGCGAAAAUAUUAUAUUACUGAAAGAGUUGACUAACAAUUGUACAUAAAAUGUAUUUAUGUAAUUAGAGGAAUCAAUUUGUGCCUGAAUUGAUUUCCAAACCCUUCGCAAUGAGAUAUUGUUGGUCAAAUAGUCCUGUACAUUGUGUAUUAUAAAUUGUGAUAUUUAUGCAGUCCAGCGAGUGGACAGAGGAUUGUUUUUUAUGCUAAUUAAUUGAAUGUUUUUAAUCCCAGGAAGAAAACUGUUGAAUCUAUCAAACUAUAAACAUGUAUGAUUACGAAUAAUUUAGUUUUUAGUGUUGUAAAGAAGUAUUGUUUAAAAUUCAUAACCACCGUUCAGAAAGACGGUAAUACGGCCCAAUAAAUUUACGAUUUAAAUUUCAAAUGAAUUGUUACUGGCGUCAGUGAAUGCCUCUAAUCACGUACUGUUAAAUAUUGUAUGAUACGUUUCAUCUUAUCGAGGUAAAUUCCAAGCAUAAAGAGAAGAGUGUAAUUUUUCUAUUAUCUGAGAAAUAUAUGUUUAAUGCAGUAUAAAA